GGGCGGUGGUUGAGCGUCUGACGGGCGGCUAACGGCCGGUGCGGGGUGCGAUACGGUGGUGGGUGACGCGCUCCUUUCACGGCGGUGACGCGUAGGAAGCGGAGGCGCCAUGGCAGCCGACGGUGCCGCCAGCGAGGGUCAGGAGACCAGCGUCGAGGCGCUGCGCAAGGAAAUCGAGUCACUCAAGGUCAAACUGGAUGAGGAGCGACAGAAAAUGAACGAUGUGACACUGGACAAGGUGGCAGGGCGACUGGAGCCAUGCGGGCCGCUCAACAUCAAGUCGCGUCGCGUCCUCAAGGGCCACCAGGGGAAGGUGCUGGCUCUCGACUGGUCACUGGACAAACGUCACAUCGUCUCCUCCUCACAGGACGGCAAGAUGAUCCUGUGGGACGCAUUCACCACCAAUAAGGAACACGCCAUCACUAUGCCGACCACCUGGGUAAUGGCGUGCUCGUACGCGCCCAGCGGCAACGCCGUCUGCUGCGGCGGCCUGGACAACAAGGUGACCAUCUACCCGCUGAGUCUGGAGGAGGACAUGUCGGCCAAAAAGCACACGGUCGGCACGCACAUCAGCUACAUCUCGUGCUGCUGUUUCCCCAACUCUGACCAGCAGAUCCUCACGGGCAGCGGAGACGCCACGUGCGCCCUCUGGGACGUCGAGUCCGGCAGUCUGCUGCAAAACUUUGUCGGACACACGGCAGACGUGAUGACACUCGACUUGGCGCCCUCCGAGACGGGGAAUACCUUCGUGUCGGCGGGGUGCGACAAGACGGCGAUGAUCUGGGACAUGCGCACCGGCUCCUACGUGCAGACGUUCGAGGGCCCAGCUGCUGACAUCAACACUGUCAAGUACUACCCCAGCGGAGACGCCAUCGCCACCGGAUCAGACGACGCCACGUGUCGCCUGUUCGACCUGCGCGCCGACCGCGAAGUGGCCUGCUACACGAAGGACAGUUUGAUUUUCGGUGUGAACGCGCUCGACUUCUCGGUGAGCGGUCGGCUGCUGUUCGCCGGCUACAACGACUACACGGUGAACGUGUGGGACUCGCUGAAGGUGCAGCGCAUCACCGUGCUGUACGGGCACGACAACCGCGUCUCCUGCCUCAAGAUGAGCCCGGAUGGCACCGCCUUCUGCACCGGCAGCUGGGACUUCACGCUGAAGGUUUGGGCCUGAGCGCGGACAUCUGGCGAUGACGUGAUCUGCCAGGGGUGUGGAGCCGCUCUGCCGAGACGCAAACGGGGGACCAUCUGGACGGACAUAAAGGAGGGACCAGCACAGUGGGCAGUCGAGCUCUGACACAAGCGUAGUGGUGCCGCUGCUUCUUCCAGUGGCCAUAGUCAAACGGAGAAACGCACAACACGGCGCCGUUUUGCAGGCCGCCAUUCACGCGGCCAUCAGUGGGCUGUACAACGGACUAGUGACGCGCACAAGAAUGUGUAGGUUCUACUUGCUGUAGGCGUGAGUGAUGCGCAGGCCACACCCACAGAGGUGUAGACAGUGGUCAGGGAAUGGUGUUGUCUGUAGGAUAUGUGGUGCUUUCUGCGUUGACAUGGAGCAAAUUUUUGCCCUCACUGACAUUCGCUACUUUUCAUCCUUCAGCGGCACAAGGGAAGGUGGCUGAAACAUACGCCUUUCGUAUGGCUCCUAAUUAAGAUACAGCUUCGCAAAAAAAAGUUUCUAUCUAAGAGAGUAGACCAAAGGGUCUUGAUUUGAAGGUCUCAUGUCAACUUCUGGGUCAGGUUGAAGACCUGAAAAUGUGACCUUGUUUUUUUUGGCAGAAAAAAAAAGAUCCCAACACUC